GAAGUGAGGGGUACCAGAGUAGACUGUGUUUGUCUUCACCUCAAGUGAUCAUGAGAGGUGCUGUGCGUGUCUUCAUCAUGAUCCUCUUAGCAACGGCGUCCGACUGUGCGGUCAUCACAGGGGCCUGUGAACGAGAUAUCCAGUGUGGGGCCGGCACCUGCUGCGCUAUCAGCCUGUGGCUGCGGGGCCUGCGGUUGUGUACCCCACUGGGGCGGGAAGGAGAGGAGUGCCACCCAGGAAGCCACAAGAUCCCCUUCUUUAGGAGACGCCAGCACCAUACCUGUCCCUGCUCCCCCAGCCUGCUAUGCUCCAGGUUCCCGGACGGCAGGUACCGCUGCUUCCGGGACUUGAAGAAUGCCAACUUUUAGUUUGUCUGGACUCUGUCUGGAUCCUGACUGGGUGACCUCUUGCUUUACACCUGUGUGAUUUAGUUCCCUGCAACUUCCCCACUCCCCAUCGUGUCUGUGUACGAGCAGACAGGCAGACCUUCCGCCAUGGAAUAGUGCAGAGUGCAGAGAGGAGUUGGUGGCCUUGAGAAGUCGGCCAGCCUGACCUUCCUGGCUCAGACUGCCUGAAGUUGUGACACUAUGGUCCUCCUCAGUUGUCUGCCCCCUCCUGCAUGUGCCCUUCUUCCUAAACCACACCUUUCUGGGCACUGGCCCAUGGAUGCAUCACUAAGUCACAGGGCCUGUGGGGUGGACGAUCCACUUUCUCUUAAUUUUUCUUUUAUCGACUGGCUCCUUAUUUUAGGAUUGUUAAGUUCAAAGUCAGCACUUCCUAUGACAUUAUUCUAAAGCAAGAG